CAGGUGCGCUCUAGCGGCCGCACGCGGUAACUGCAGCGGCGCGCGGCAAAAAGCCACAUUUUGUCUGUGGGUGCUAGAGGAGCUGUCCACCAGCACGGUGCUGAAGUGUGUCCGACACAGCGCUGCACGGUAUAUCAAGUAUUUUGUCUCACAAAUUUAAAGGAUGCACUGGUCAAUGAAUACACUGCCCAUGCCUCCAUAUGUAGAGCUGGGUGUCCAUUCACUGAGUGGCCUUCUCUGGACUCUAUUGCUCCUGUUUCUGUGGCACUGUUAUCGGAUGGGCUCCGAUCUGCCAAUCCCAGGCCACGCACACGCCGGAAAGCUCAAGUCAGGCUCAAGGCGGUCCAUGAAGUCCCGUGGUGGUAGCUGCGCUGGAACAAAGUGUAAUGCACGAUCCAAGCUGUCAAGGAAUGAUCAAAUUAGUCCCUUUAUUUCCAUGGAAACAGAGGAGGAUGAGGAGCAGGGACAGGGUUACCUCACCCCUGUGCUGAGUCAUGCCUUGUUCCCAGCCCAGGCAUCUGCAGAAGCCAAAAAACUCUAUGCAGCACUGCAAGAAUAUGCCAAACGCUACAGUUGGGUGGGCAUGGGCCGCAUUCAUAAGGGCCUCCGUGAGCAGGUCAGACUAAAUGAUCUCUCUGCUAUACAGAAGCCUCAUCUCUUCUUCCUGCCAGAUGUCCCAAGUGUUCCUUUCUUCCCACGUGAUGCUCAUCGACAUGACAUUGAGGUCUUGGAAGCCAACUACCCUGUAAUCUUGGCUGAAUUCCAGGCUGUUUACCAGCGGGGCAUUGACUCAAAACUUGGAUGGACCUGUCUGGGACCAAAGGGCCAGGCGGUGUUUCCUUUGUACAGUGCAGGGGUCUGCGUGGCAGGAAACUGUCGCUCUUGUCCCUGCACCUACCGGACGCUUCUCUCCCUACGUACUUUUAUAAGCAGCAACUCUCUGGGAUCUGCUGGAUUUUGGCUGUUGGGGCCUGGAGCUACAUUGGGAAGUUCAUAUGGACCCACCAAUACACGUCUCCGUUGUCAUCUUGGUCUGAAGACUCCCCCCCUGUGUGAGCUGGUGGUGGGAGGAGAGCCUCAGUGUUGGUCAGAGGGACACUGCCUUCUGGUUGAUGACUCGUUUCUUCACACCGUCUCCCACAAGGGGCCUCCAGAUACCGGACCCCGCGUCAUUUUGAGUGUGGACCUCUGGCAUCCAAAUGUGGCUGCUGCAGAGAGACAAGCUUUGGACUUCAUGUUCAGCCCUGACCUCUGAAUUUGCUCCUGCGCUACCAAUGGACAACAUGCAGGGAUGCCUUACCUUAGCCCUGAUUGUUGUGGGUCAUGCAUCUCAUUCAAAUUGAUGGAUCACUGUGUGAAUUUGCCCUAAUAAUUAUACAAGCCAUUAGCCACGCUUACAAGUGGUGUUGGGUUUAUGGUCUACACCAGGAAGUGCCCCAAGAAUGCAUUAUUAUGGAUGAUGUUAGACAAUACUACAUGCCAGACGAUUUGGCUGCAUACUAUAAACUGAUAUCAUUUGAAAGCACAAAGAGAUCUCACCCAAGAAGAGCAGAUCUGGUGACUAUUGUAAAUCUUACAACAACAUAAAAAGUAUCUUGACAUCAUAUACUAUGCUAGUGAAUGCUAUUUGCAUGUGAAACCUAUCUGUCAUGAUAACUGGACUUCAAGCUGCUGAUGCAUGUGCUAAUAUGCCUUCAGGACAAGAGGCCAUAAUAUAUUUUGAAAUGUAUGUAGAUUACCUAUGGUUCAACCAAAAAACUGUGAAAACAUGAAAAUCAUAUAAAUGUAAAAUUUCAAUUUAUUUCUAUUUUCCAAAAUGAAUGGCAAAAUAUAUAAACUUUCACAUACUGUGGUUAAUCUUUCCCUUCUUAUUACUAUCCUCUGUGUAUGCUUGUAUGUUUCUAUCUAUAAAUAUAUUUUUCUUUGUUUAGUAUUAUAAUUGGUGGAUUGUUAGUGGUUUACAUAUUAUAUGACAUGCAUAUAUCAGGGUUUUUGUCAGUUCCAUUUUUUUCUUGGAAUCCAAAUAACAAAUAAAUAACAAAGAAAUAAAUCA